AUGAGUGGGGGGAAAGUUGGAAUCAUUAAUGAACAAGAAAAUCCACUUCUCAGAAGAACAUUGAGAGAAAUAAACAGAAUAAAUUAUGCUGAAAAUUCAAACAAAGUAAACAGAGUGAAUAAUAUCAGCAAGCGGACUCAUAGGGAAAUAUCAGAUGAAGAUUCUGAGUUUUGCAAUGAAGAAGAAGAGAUCAAUGAAGAUGACGACGAAGAUAACUACGAGGAUGACGAUGAAUAUGAUGACAAAAAUG